AUGGAGGCCCUCAGUGAGGCGCCGCGGGGCCCAAAGUCCGUUGUGAAGGCGUGUUUGCCGUGCAGAACUGUUAAGAUGCGAUGUGUUGUUGAGGAGAAUGAGACAAUAUGUGUGCGUUGUUCGCGCAAGUCGCUUAAUUGCGUAUUUCAGGAUCAUCGCCGGGGAAGGAAGCCUGGAACACGGAUUGCGAAGAGACACAGCACCUCCUCGAGGCACCUUGCCAGCACUCCUCCACCUGAACAGACGAGUUCAACUGAACAACAGUAUGGUGACUCUGCUGCAGCAACGGCAGUUCAAAAAAGUCCCGACUGGGAUAACGAGACUAGAGGAGACGAUCCGGCAAUUCCUUCAGAUGAUCCUAUCCAACUUGGCUUGGUCAAUCUGUCCAUCGCUUCGUCCCUGUUUGAAAAUUUCAUGGUCACUCUUAACCCAUAUAUCAGCCAGCUAGAUCCGCAUCUACACAGUUUCAGUCGCGUGAGGAAGAAAUCUGCUUUUCUUCUGACUGUCAUACUUGCCGCGGCAGCCAAGGCUUUCAAUCCUGCUCUCAACAAGAAGCUCCGGGAUCAUGCAGAGGAUAUGCUUGCCGACAGUUUUCGUAGAGGCUCGAAGUCGAUCGAGACGGCUCAAGCAAUCAUGAUCAUGACUUACUGGAAAGACCCCGAGGAUACGCGUGCGUGGAUAUACUUGGGAUACAUCAUCAGAAUGGGAAUGGAGUUGGGCUGGCACCGGCUUGCCCCGUAUAGCCUCAAAGCUUCCGAUAUCGGGACUGAUCACGAAAUUCGGGAAGCGAGAAAUAUUGAGAGAACAUGGCUUGUCCUGUUCGUAUAUGACCGAAGCAUGAGUCUACAAACUGGAAAGCCAUGGAUGAUUGAGAGGAGUGGGUUCAUUGAGUCUGUGGAGGCGUGGUGCAAAGACCCUACGGCUAUCUCAAAUGAUCGUCUCCUGGGUGCUUUGGUUACCUUGCGACUUCUUAGUUCAGAAGUCUUUCGUCUACUGGGUUCGAGAUCAAACAGGGCUCGUGCAGGCCAGCUCCAUACGCUCGAGUCCCUUCUCGCCAUCAUCAAUGGGAGAAUAGAAGAAUGGGAGACAAGAUGGCUAAAGUUGGCCGAUCAAGACAGCUGUCACCCUUUCCUGAUCCAAUUCUACGGAACCCAUCUCCGGCUACAGCUCUUCUCCUUACCCCUGCAAGAAACUCUAGGUCAGCCGGAUGAAGGGUCCUCACACCGCAUGGAAGCACUAUGGGUUAGCUACUCGAGCGCUUUGGAGAUGCUGCACCUCAUAUGCCGCCAUUCAUCUUGGCUAUAUUUUGCCCAAGAUUCAGUUCAUGUGAUGACAGCGUACAGUGCCGCUUUCUUGAUCAAGCUUUUGAUGUCUGCGCCUGAAUCAGUAACUCGUCAAAUUGAGCCUGCCAUCAAGAGCGCCAUUUCUGGCGCAGCGGUAGUGUUUUCUCAGCAGGCCGCUCCGCCUGGUUCGAGUUGUGCACUGCAAGCUAAGUUUCUCGACAACAUCACCACAAGAUUUUCGAAAGAAAGGCCGCACAUCCAUGGCAGAGUACAGGAUCAGAGAACAACAGUUGGAAUGGGCGAACAAUCCACAAUAUCAACCACGCAACAAAACUGUGACGACUCGCGAUGGGAUUCUAGCGAGACCGCAAGUUUCAUUGCACCGAUGAGGGGCGCAGACAUUGUUGGGACAGGAUUGACUUUCGAGUCUGCAGAAGAAGCUACCUGGGCUAAUCUCAUCGCAGAAGCUGGAUUCAGUGCCCAAGAUGGUGUUUUCUUUGGAUGA